CCUAUUGUUUUCCUUCAUUAAAAUUAAGCUAUUGCAAGCAUUUUGUUUUGUUUGUUUUUGUUGGUGUUCUUAAAAAUAAGCAAACUGCAUGUCCUCACAAAUUAAGAAAUGGCAAACCAAGAGAUAAGCUUAAAGUGGAAUGGAUAUCAAAGUAACAUAUUGUUGAAUGUGAAAGAACUUUAUAAAGACGAAGGUUUAUCAGAUGUCACCUUAGUUUCAGAAGGGCAUAGUUUCAAAGCACAUAAAGUAAUUCUUUCUGCGAAUAGUUCAGUUUUCAAGACAAUAUUUCAGCAAAACCCCCACAAGGAUCCAAUUAUAGUCCUUCAUGACAUCAAUACCGCUUCUUUGCAAACUCUCUUGACUUUCAUGUAUAACGGUGAGGUUAAUGUAACCGAGGAUUUUCUACCUGUUCUUCUGAAGACUGCAGAAACCCUAAGAAUAUGUGGUUUAUCGACUGGCAGUGAGUCGCGUGAAGAUGACAAAAUUUCUGCCUCUACUAAUUCAAAGAAACGUAAAAAGAGUGAAGUUGAAGAUAAUAAUAAUAAACCUAAGAAGGCUCACGCUGCACAGAAUAAAUUGGAUAUUGCUAAAAAUGUCAUCGAUACUGACUCACUAAAGAAUACUGCUAUUGUCCCCAAAGUGGAACCAAUUGAUUCACCAUUAACCGAUUACUCCGGAGAGAACACUAAUGACACAGAUAUUGCAUUACUAGAAGAUGUUGAAAAGAAGUAUUCAGUAAGCCCUGAAGGUUCGGGUAAAACUGUUUGCUCAAUGGUGCAGAAAGAUGGUAGUGUAAAGAAAUGGGUUAGCGAAGUCAGUAGUACACAGCCUUGUUUAAAUGUAGAGAAAACAAAUGGAAUUGAUAUUGAUGAAGAUAAAGAUAGCUUGGAGAUUGAUAAAGAAGUUGAAAAUGUAUUGCAAAGUGGGACGAUUGUUGAGAGCUUGAGUAUAACAAGUGAUAGCCUGAAUUCUGUGUCCAGUGAAGUUCAAAAUAUCAAAGAUAAAACAUGUUAUGCCAACCCGUCAUUUCCUUGUCCGUUUUGUCCGCGGGUUUACAACAGUUGGGGGUAUAGGAGGAGACAUGUAAAAUCUAGACAUGUCACUAAUAGGUUAUCUUGCAAGUGGUGCGUUUCAGUAUUGCCAUCCACUGGCGCUUGGUAUUCUCAUGCUACAAAAACUCACGGAGUUCCCCACGAAGAGGCCAGAAACUCUUUAGUUGUGAUGGUUGAAGCUCACGCUGUACUCACAUUGAAUGAACCCAGUGUUACCCAGUUAUUGGGACAAGUUGGUAUGACUGAUUCAAACGGUAGUGUUGCCAGUGAAAAGAAUUAAGUAAUAAUAAUUUCUACAGGCAUAUUAGUUAUUAAGAUUCGAUGGCUCGUAUGGAAAGUAUUGUAAGUGUUGCAAAUGUAUGCAAAAAAAAAACAUUUGAUACAAUGAAUUACGAUGCAUCAACCAAUGAAAGAGAGAGAGAGAGAGAGAGAGAGAGCAAAAAUCAAUGAUUCUUUUAAUUUAUACAGUAAUCAGAGUUUGAGUGUUAUGAGAUAUACUUGAUUUGGCAAUUUCGUAUGCAUAGUUUAAAAAUUAAAAUUUUGAAUCAAGCAUAGUUUUUAUAUAACUAUAUCUAUAGAGUUAAUUAAAAAAAUAAAGAAUGUGGAAACCCCAAAAUUGUAACUUACGAUAGUUUACAUUGGAGCCAUCGAAAUAAAGUCAAUUUUUAUAUUGAUGAAACAAUUUGCAGUGAAAAUUACAGUCAAAUGGGAGGAGCGAGGUUUAUACUUUUUGGUAAUCAUUUCUAUGAUAUUAUAUAAGAAAAAUUGAAAUAUUUUUGAUACGAAAUCAAAUCUACAGUCUAAUAUAUUAUAAAAAUUCAUAUAAGAGUGAUACAUUAAUAUUAAGAAUAAAGUAAAUUAAAAAAGUUUUUUGU